GCUUGUACUUCAAUCAUGGCAAGGUUGGAAAAUUGUCAGAAGUGCGGGAAGGAUUCCCUCGACGUCUGGAUGGCAAACCAGUGCCUGCAUUUGAUUUGUAACAAAUGCCUAAUGCAAGAGUCCAGCAUCGACGACUGCAAUCACUGCAACGCUGCUACCCAAAAGUUCUGGUGCCCCGGCAGGAAGUACGGCUGCAAAUUCCAGAAAACCAUCUGUGAGACAAAACAGCAUGUCAAGACGUGUGGGUUUGUCCCGGUCUCCUGCCCCAACGAAUGCGACCAAGCCCCGUCCAAGAAGUCCCUCGCGGAUCACGUGAGUUUCGAAUGCCGACUUCGUAUUACCGAGUGCCAGUUCUGCGGCCAGGGAUGCUACGCCCUCAAGCUUUCCGCCCACCUUACAGUUUGCGAAGAGGUCCUAGUGUCCUGCAACUACUGCCACGAGGAUAAUAUCCGACGAGGAUUGAUGCCCGUUCACGCCAGAGACUGCAGCAAGACGCCCAAGCCGUGUCCCAUGAAAAAGUAUGGCUGCAGUUUCGAAGCCGACGAGGCGAAGAUAAAUGAACACUUGAACUUCAGAAACCACCUCUCAUGUUUUGAUGACAUGCACGAGAGGAUUCAAGAACUUGAACUGAUGAACACUAUUGAACGCAGCAACCAGAGAGUCCAAGGAACAAAGCUUGAAACAAACCAGCCCGCAAUGAUUGGGGGCGUCAGCCUGUUCGACAAGGAACUGCUAUGGGUGGUGAAAUUACCCGAAGUAGUUCAUCCUGGAGACCUCAGCACCAUUUUCAGACACCGGGAGACCAGUUGGACCUUUUUUCUCGAGAUCAACUGCGCCGGCCCUGUAAUGGAGUUAUGCGAUGGACACGAGGAGCUUAUGUACAGCGUGUACAUGACUCACCUGGAGCCAGGAGAGCGCAAGAAGGACGUCAGCUUCUCCAUCCAAGCUGAGACCGUCCCCACCGGUGGCAAGCUCCUGGGAAAGGCCCGCCACCGCGGCAUGGUGCCUUCGACGAAAAAACUCUUUAUGCUCAAAUUCAAGUGCGAUUUCAGCUAUGCCGACGAAGUUCUCGUCAAGCUGACGUCUGAGUAA